AUGGGAAAUAGUAUCGGUGUUGACUGCAGUUAUUCGUCUAAACACCUCCUCGACAGGCUAUUCGUUGCCAUAUUGUGUGUUGAUAACCGUGAAGCCAAGGAAGUGGACAGUUUGAUCGCAAAAUGUACCUUCCUUACUGCAUACAACACAGCUGAUUUUCCAGCUACACAUCGUGAUCACACACUCCGCCUGGUCACUGUUGCAACAAGCGAUGCCGAUACUGCGGUUCAUAUGUUGUCCAGCUAUCGGAAAAACAUACGUAAUGUGAUCUUGUGUGGUAAUUCUUCGGUAUCAUUACUGAGCACCUUGGAGUCAUUGUUGCCAGAUGCCGUUAUCAGUGAGUGCGACUAUGACACAUGCCUACACAGCGUGAAACCACUGUUGAUUUCGUCUGCAGAUAGCAUUUUGGAGGUUAUUGAUCAGAACGGAACUGUUGAACCUUACAACUCAUUAGGAAGUAAGGGUCACUUACAUGCUAUAAUCCAUUCUGGUGCGUCCUAUCGACUGUAUCCACCAGAUAGUAAUGAAGGGCGUUAUAUAGGGCAUUCUGUUAUAGGAUAUUCGGCUGUAGUGUCACUUUUUGAUCUGUUUGUCUCGCGCCGUGGUACUGAUGAGACGGACCGAGCUGACAUACGGCAUAUUGCUGAUCUGGCUUCUCGAGGCUCCGGUGUCACGUGUGACAUGGUGGUGAGUGAUAUUUAUGGUGUAGAUACUGCUACUCUCGGUUUACCGGGUGAUUUGCUGGCAUCUACCUUCGGUAAGCUUCAAAAACGCCAUGAAUGUUCUCUGGACAAUUGUGAGAUUUCCACAAAUCCUGGUAAACGGAUUUCAACGAACGAUUGGAACCAAAAUGACCUAAUUAGUUUGAAUAGCAAGGCUAUGUGGAAACCUGCAUCUCUCUUUUCUUCGUUUUCUGGUGCUUUGCGUUUUAGGAAGAGGUCAUCUUCGCUACAUGUAAACGAUUUCCAUGAUCCGAGCACUUUACCAAACGUGAGUCCACACUUCGUUGUAAUAACAUGUUUAAAGGCCCCUCGCAUGGAAGACGUUGCGCACAGUCUCAUUAAAAUGGUAGUAAUUAACGUGACUCAAAACGCUGCGCUUCAUGCGCAGCUGAACGGAAUAGACACGUAA